AUGUGCGAAGCGCUGCUGGGUGGCCUCCUGGCCCAGGGCACCACCGAGGGCAGCAAAGUGCUCGUGAGCGAGCCCAUCGAGGAUCGUAGAAGGUAUUUGGAGCAGAAGUUCAAAGUCAAGACCACCCAGUCCAAUAGUGAGGUGGUCACCAGCAUGGGGCCCAGUGGCGUGGUGGUGCUGGCCGUGAAGCCACAGGUGGCUGCCUCUGCCCUGAGUGGCCUAAGCUUGACUCCAGAAGCCUCGCCCCUCUUCAUCUCCAUCAUGGCGGGUGUGCCCAUUGCAAAGCUGGAGAGCAUGGGUGUAAAACGGGUGGCUCGGACGAUGCCCAACACGCCGGCGCUGGUGGGUCUUGGGGCUUCAGCCUAUGUGCUAGGCCCUGGAGCCCGCCAGAACGACGCAGCGACCGUGGAGCGGGUGAUGUCGGCGGUGGGUUUGGCUGAGAAGGUGGCGGACGAGAAACUCCUGGAUGCGGUCACGGGGCUGAGUGGCAGUGGACCUGCCUAUGUGUACAUGAUGAUUGAAUCGAUGGCGGAUGGUGGCGUGAAGAACGGCCUGCCGCGGGACGUGGCACUGCGCCUGGCGGCGCAGACCGUCUUCGGCGCCGCCAAGAUGACGCUGCAGGGCGACAAGCACCCGGCUCAGCUGCGGAACGCCGUGGAGUCGCCGGGGGGGCACCACCAUCGCAGGUGCGGGCGGAUGGUGCGAUGGGUGCCCGAGGGUUCGGGAGCCCUGCGAAGGGAAGGUUCGGGUGGGUGGGUUUUGGAAAGGAGGUGCAAGAGGAGCUCUGUGAGUGGAUGGAUCUCCAGAAAAGCUGGUGAGGGAUGUGGAUGUUGGUGA